AUGACUGACAAAAGCCCCUUCGAAACGGAUAUGCUGACACUCACACGAUUUGUUAUGGAGAAGGGACGCCGCGUCAAGGGAGCCACGGGGGAGCUGACACAGCUGCUCAACUCCAUGCUGACUGCCAUAAAGGCCAUCUCUGCUGCUGUCAGAAAGGCAGGCCUUGCCCACAUGUUUGGCAUAGCUGGCACUGUGAAUGUGACAGGUGAUGAGGUGAAGAAGCUGGACGUAUUAUCCAACUCCCUGGUGAUUAACAUGCUCCAGUCCUCCUACAGCACCUGCGUCCUGGUCACAGAGGAGAACAAGGAGGCCAUCAUCACCCCGAAAGACAAGCGGGGUAAAUAUGUGGUGUGUUUUGACCCCCUUGACGGUUCAUCCAAUAUAGACUGCUUGGCACCAAUAGGAACAAUAUUUGCUAUCUACAAAAAGGAAACAGAUGAUGAGCCCUCUGAAAAAGAUGCUUUACAGCCCGGGCGCAAUAUUGUUGCUGCAGGCUAUGCCCUGUAUGGCAGUGCUACGCUGGUUGCCCUCUCCACAGGGCAAGGAGUGGACUGCUUCAUGCUUGAUCCGGGUCUUGGUGAAUUUAUUUUGGUCGACAGAGAUGUUAAAAUCAAGAAGAAGGGGAAGGUAUAUAGUCUCAAUGAAGGUUAUGCUAAGUAUUUUGAUCCUGAAAUGACAGAAUAUUUGCAAAAGAAGAAAUUCCCUGAGGAUGGCAGUUCCCCCUACGGUGCCAGGUAUGUGGGCUCCAUGGUAGCUGAUGUUCACCGCACCUUGAUGUACGGUGGGAUCUUCAUGUAUCCUGCGAAUCAGAAGAGUCCUAAAGGAAAGCUCCGACUUCUCUAUGAAUGCAACCCUAUUGCUUUCAUCAUUGAGCAGGCAGGUGGGAUGGCAACUACAGGGACUGAAGCAGUGCUGGAUGUGAAACCUGAGAAUAUUCACCAGAGAGUUCCUUUUAUAGUUGGCUCUCCAGAUGAUGUGCAAGAAUACCUUGCUUGUGUACAGAAACACCAGAAGAGCAGCUAA